AUGGACGAUUUUGAUGUACUUACUGGCGACCAGGCUAAUAUGCUGCGUCAAUUCCAGGAAGUGACAAAUAUUCAAGAUGAACAGAUGGCAUUGGCGACAUUGGCAUCGUUGAAUUGGGACUUACCAAGGGCUAUAGAAGCACAACUAUGUAAUGAUGGUGAUGAUAUAGGUCCGAUGGAGAUUGAUGAUUCACUUGUAAUAGAACAUAAUGACCAGCACGUACGUCGAACAGCGCUCGAAGAACUUGAGAAUCGAUCAGGGAACAAUUCGAUGGAAAAUGAAGGUGAAGGUCCUGAUUUUUCUUUUGGGCGUUUGAUAGCUGGCGGCUUAUUGGAAGAAUCAAAUAGCAAUCAAGGCUCUCCUCAUGACAAUGGUUCGAAAGUCGUGGAAUCUUCACCACGUCGAGUCCUGCUAACAGCAUCAUCUUCGGGUAGUGGCUCUAGUUCUCGCGCCACACGAUCACAUUCACAUCUAACUGAGGAAUCGCAGCAUGAUAUUUCGCCUAUUCCUGCCAGACGCAGCUUUCUUAUCGAUGCAGAGAAUAGUGAUUCUACCGAUAACGAUGGUAAUAAUGAUGAUGACGCUUACCACGAUGCUACUCCAUUUGGGCAGUUGACUGAAGAAGAUGCGAAAACAUCGUUUCAUGAUGAUCGCGUACCACUAGUGCCUUCUGAUUUUACAUCCGUUGAUGAGGCGUUACACAACUUCGUGGCUGUUUUUGAAGCUAGGUACGGUGGAAAUCACCCACCUUUCUAUUUUGGUUCUUUGCAAGAUGCUUUACGUGAGGCACUGGAGGCACCAGCGCGGCCGGUUGCGGAACGUCGACCACUUGCCGUCUAUCUACAUAAUGAUCGUGCUGUCGCGUGCAAUAUUUUCGCGAAAAAUGUACUUUGUUCAGGAUUGGUUUCAUCACUCCUAAAAGGACAGUUUAUAACUUGGCCUUGGGAUAUCACGCAAAAAGAGAAUAGGCUUAAAUUGUUUGAAUGGAUCGAUAUGUUGAACGUCCGCGAUAUAAGGCAAACACUAGAGAAAUUUUCCGAUGAACGCUUUCCUCUGCUAGUGGUUAUUAUCAAAGAAAAAAGUGUCAUCUUGCCAAUAAGUGUUGCUUGGGGAUGCGAUGGACCUCAACAAGUAGUCAAUAAACUGAUGGAAGGAUUGGAAGAGUAUCAGCGUAUCAAGAGUGCUGAAGCUGCCGAAGAAAGAGAACGCAUUGAAAGGGAAAAAAUACGAGAAGAGCAAGCAAGAGAGUAUGAACAAUCGCUAGCACAGGAUAGAGCUCGUCAAGAAAGACUUGAACGUGAAAAAAAUGAGCAAAAGGCUGAAGAAGAACGUCGAGCAAAAGAAGAACAAGACAAAACAAAGCGUUUGCAGCAGUUGGCAGCAAGUUUGCCUGUGGAACCAGCCGCAGACGAAACAAAUAUUGCAGUAGUGCGAGUUCGUUUCCCGGAUGGAAAAAUGGAAUUGCGUAGAUUUCGCAUGACUGAACCUCUUCGUAAUAUAACGAUCUUUGUUGAAUCAAAAGGGUAUAGCUUGGAUACACAUCGAAUUUGGACCUCAGAUAUGCCAAUGAAAAAUGUGGUAGAAUCAUAUGAUCUCAACCGUUCAUUAGAGGACAUUAAAUGGCCGGUUCGCGAGCAGAUCACUGUGGACGAAAAAUGA